CUCUAUAUUGAUGUCCAUUUUGAGCUUGUAAAAGGUAUUCAAGUGAAAAUCUUUGUGUUACAUCCUUAUUUUCGUUUCUUAUUAUCUCGUCCGUUUUUGUGAUCUCUUCAAAACUACACUAAAAAUUUCGCAAAAAUAUUAUUACUGUCAAUAAAAAAAAGAUUGUUUGAUAUCUUGAGAAGUGAUGGCAGCUUAUAUAGCUGUAAUUUCUCUUCUUCAAACAAUUGAGCAAUUUCAGCAGAGACACCCUGAACUUGUUCAAGGUUUUACUGCUAAAACGCUCGAAUCCCUUCAUGAAACUGCUGAGUAUUUUCAAAAUGUUGUUGAAGAAGCUGGCAAGAGUAAAUUUGAUCCUGAAAAAAAGAAGUCUUUGGAGGAAAAAAUAAGAGCUGCUGCUAGUUAUGCAGAAGAUAUUGUUGAGAUGAAGAUUUGCCAAAUCAUCGAAGACUUAAACUUGAAAUAUGGAAUGGCACCUACAAGUUCACUAUACAAGAAUUUGCUGCCAUUUGUUGAAAGAGUUGAAAGAAAAAAGAAUGAAGUGCUGGAGAUUGUUUCUGAUUUUAGCACAAGAAUUCAUGAUGAUCAAAUUCUUGAAUCUGCUGGGGAUUCCUUGAUUGGUGCUUCUUCUAGAAGUAACCCGAUGCUACAGCAUUUGGAAGACGAUAUCGUGCGUGGACUUGAUGAUGACUUGGAGAUAAUAGUUAAAAGAUUGACAGGACGGUCGUCAAAUUUAGACAUUGUCACAAUAACAGGCAUGGGUGGCAUUGGCAAAACAACACUCGCUAGAAAAGCUCAUGAUCAUAUAACAAUCAAGAAUCAUUUUGACCUUCGUAUUUGGGUUACAAUAUCUCAAGAAUAUGGAAGUAGAAAUGUGUUGUUAGAAGCUUUACGUUGCAUUUCAAAGAAUAAUGACAUCGAAAAAGAUUAUGAUAAGAAGAAUGACUGUGAGUUAGCCGACUUGGUGCAAAAAAAACUAAAGGGUCCAAGAUACCUUGUUGUUGUUGAUGAUAUUUGGAGUACAGAUGUUUGGGAUAGCAUAAAAGGAAUAUUUCCUGAUUACUGCAAUAAGAGUCGAAUCUUAUUGACUACUAGGGAAUCAAAGGUAGCAAUGUAUGCAAAUCCUAUUAGCCCUCAUGAAAUGAAGCUCUUGAAUUUAGAAAACAGUUGGAAAUUACUUUGUGAUAAGGUGUUUGGACCAAAACAUGAUCAUCCUCCCGAGUUGGAAGAAAUUGGAAAGAAAAUAGCAGAAAAAUGCCAAGGACUACCCUUGACAAUUUCAGUGAUUGCGGGACAUCUCUCUAAAGUGGCCGGGACGUUAGGAAGUUGGGAGGAUGUCACCCGAACCUUAGGUGAAAUAAUUGCUAGUCAAACAGGUAAAUGCUCAGGAGUGCUCGGUUUGAGUUAUCACUACUUGCCUAAUCACCUCAAACCUUGCUUUCUUUCUAUGGGUGGUUUCCCAGAAGAUUAUCAGGUUGAGACUUGGAGAUUGAUUCAAUUAUGGAUCGCUGAAGGUUUUAUAAGGAGGCCGGGAAGUUAUAAAAGCUUGGAGGAAGUGGCAGAAGAUUAUUUGGAGGAUCUUAUCAGCAGGAACUUGAUAAUAGUUAGAAAAAAGAGAUUCAAUGGUGAGAUAAAAACAUGUGGAAUGCAUGAUCUACUGCGUGAAUUCUGUUUGACUGAAGUUAAAAUGACAAAGUUUAUGCAUGUUGAGAUAACUGACAAAGUUCCUGCCUUUAUGCAUGAUGAGAUAACUGACAUAGUCCCUACUCUUCCAGCACAAAAGCAUAAUGGUCGUCGCUUCAGUUUUCAAAUGCACGGUUAUUCAGUUGAUGAUUGUUGCAAGCUGUUACCCUCAAUUGCCAGAUCUAUCUACUUAUUUUCUAACCUCCAAUCUUCUGUAAAUUUUGAAUUUUUCUCCCGUUUCAACCUUCUCAGAGUGUUGGCCAUCGUUCAUGAAUAUGAAAGGUUUUGUACAUUUCCACUUGUUAUUACAAAGUUAUUUCAUCUGAGAUAUCUCCAAGUUCAAUCUUACGGCAAUCUUCCUGGGUCAAUAUCAGAGCUUCAGAAUUUGCAAACUCUAAUUUACGAGGGACAACAUGAUCAUACCACUUUACCAGGGAAGAUAUGGAUGAUGAAGAACUUGAGGCAUAUACAUACAAGGGACACCUGCUAUUUACCUAGUCCUAGAAGAAAAAGUAUCUCAAAUAAGCAUCUUGUGAUAGGGAUGCCAAAUAUAGAGAAGCUUUCUAAUCUAUGUUUCACCAGCUGUACAAAUGAAAUCUUUUCUCUCAUUCCCAAUCUAAGGAGAUUGAUUGUUCAUCAUAAAGGGGGUAGGGCCAAUCGCCUUAUUGAUAUGUCCAUCUUGAAAAAACUCGAAGCAUUCAAGUUUGUCAUCGAUGCUUUUUGGUCUAGUCCUCCACCGAUCUCCAUCAAACAGUCUGUUCUCCCAGCAUCAAUUAAGAGGUUGACUUUAUCCGGCGGGUUUUGUUUUCCUUGGGAAGAUAUGUCAACUCUUGUCAUGUUGCCAAACCUUCAAGAGCUCAAACUUAAAAAUAGGGCAGCCUAUGGUAAAAUAUGGAGAUUGAGUGAUAAAUACAAAUUCAAAAGCCUAAAGUUGCUGUUAUUUCGCAGCCUGGAUCUUGAGCAUUGGGAAGCUAGCAGUGAUAACUUCCCAAACCUAGAACGGCUUGUUCUGAAGAUAUGCGACUACCUUAAGGAAAUUCCAAUAGAUUUUGGAGAAAUUUGUACGUUGGAGUCAAUUGAGUUACAUAAUUGCAGCACUCCUGCUGAGGAUUCUGCAAGAAAAAUUGAACAAGAACAAGAGGACAUGGGAAACAAUUGCCUUAAGGUCUACAUCCAUCGCACUCGAUCUUUUUGGGAAUCUCCAAAAAAUUUGGUGGAUGAAAAGUAUAAAACUAUUGAUUUCUCAUUUGAGGCUGUAAAUGGUUGUGAUCAUAAUGGACCAUUCUCUGUUCAAGAUUCUUAUUUCACAUACGUGAAGUCAUGGUCAGCUUAUCAAACUGCAAAAGAAAAUGGUGUUAAGCUAUUAAAAGAUGAUGUUGUUGACAAAUUUACUAGUGCUUGGUUGUAA